AUGUCCACGAAUGAUGGGACUCAAAAAGUGAGGGAGAAUGGGAACGGAGUGGAAUUGCCACCGAUGCAGAGGCUGAUACCGUUCGAGAACAAGGAGCACAACCCGGAGAGCUACGAGGACAUGCAGUUGGAUUACAGUCCUCUCCUCUUCAGCUCUCUAGAGCGAUACUUGCCUCCUAACAUGCUCAGUUUGCCGCGUGAUCGUAAAGUCCACUUCCUGAGUGACAUUCUCACUCGCUACUCUCCUCAGGGUGAACGCACUCGCGUUCAAAAGCACAGAAAAUACAGACAGCAGAUUCUAUCAAGCUAUGAGCCUCGACAUAAGGAGGUGUAUACUAUGAAUGCUGCAAAUUUCUUUGUACCUUCAUUUCUCAAAGCAAUCAGUGAGAACACAGAAGAGAGCUUCAGAAGCAUACUGGUGGAACCAACACCAGGAGUUUAUACAUUUGAAGUGUUUCAGCCAAAGUUCUGUGAAAUGUUAAUAGAUGAGGUAGAAAGCAUGGAAAGAUGGGUGCAUGAUCGAAGGUUCCAUAUAAUUUGUCCAAACACUAUGAACAAAUAUGGUGUUGUUCUCGAUGACUUUGGACUGGAAACCAUGCUUCAUAAGUUGAUGAAUGACUAUAUAUGUCCCAUGUCUAGAGUUUUCUUUCCUGAGGUGGGUGGAUUAACUCUGGAUUCUCACCAUGGUUUUGUUGUUGAAUAUGGAGUUAAUAGGGAUACCGAGCUUGGUUUCCAUGUUGAUGACUCCGAAGUCACCUUGAAUGUUUGCUUGGGUGAGAAAUUUUAUGGUGGAGAUUUGUUCUUCCGUGGUGUUCGAUGUGAUAAACAUGUGAAUACAGAAUCCCAAUCAGAGGAAGUUUUUGAUUAUGCCCAUGUUCCGGGACGGGCGGUUCUUCAUCGCGGUCGCCAUCGGCAUGGUGCAAGAGCUACUAUUUCCGGGAACCGGGUCAACUUAGUUAUAUGGUGCAGAAGUUACUGCAUUGACCAGGAUUGA